CGCCAAAGAGCACAACUCAUCAGAUCUCUGGUCAGUGUGAGAGUGUGGCAGAGUGGAGCGAAGAAGAGAGGAGUAGCAGACCAUCACUCCCCUUCAUCUGAAGCAUCAAUCCACUUCUUCAUGGAUCUCAAGCAUAAAAACGUAUGGAGAGUUAUUGCACAGGUUUCUCUGAUGCUUUUCAACUUGUGUGGGGACACAAAAGAAGAGAUGUGUCACAGUCCGCUGAUAUCAGGUCUACAGCCAUCAUCCUUUAGAAGCUCCUCGCUGUUGUCCAGCAGUCAUGGGCCGGGCUUUGCAAAGCUGAAUAGAAGAGAAGGAGCAGGAGGUUGGUCUCCUCUGAAUUCAGAUAAAUAUCAGUGGCUGGACGCUGACUUGGGUAGACGGACACAUAUUACUGCUGUUGCUACACAAGGACGCUAUGGCAGCUCUGACUGGCAGACGUCCUACCUCCUGAUGUUCAGCGACACAGGACACAACUGGAAACAAUACAGACAAGAAGGCACUAUAGGGGCCUUUCCAGGAAACAGUAAUGCAGAUAGCGUUGUCCAGCACAAGCUCCAUCACCCGGUGAUCGCUCAAUAUGUCCGUCUGAUUCCCCUGGACUGGAAUCCAAAUGGUCGAAUUGGACUCAGGCUGGAGGUUUAUGGAUGUCCAUACAAUUCUGACAUAGUGAGUUUCAAUGGUCACGGCAGCCUCCUCUACCGGUUGAGUCCCAGAACGAUGCAGAUGUCCUCUGAAAGCAUCUAUCUCAGAUUUAAAUCCAUGAGGAACUCUGGGGUUCUGCUUCAUGCAGAAGGAUUGAAUGAGCAGAGCCUCACUCUGGAGUUGGAGAGAGGAAAACUUUUCCUUCACCUUAGAAAAGGCAGAAGUUUGUCCCCAGACAGCCGGCAUGUUGUGUCUUUGGGCAGCCUGUUAGACGACCAGCACUGGCACCAUGUUGUAGUGGAGCGUCACAGCAAUCACCUCAACCUCAGUGUGGACAAAAGCACGGUGUGGGUGCAGAUCCCAACAAGAUUCUCCCACUGGGAUCAUGACCAGAUGAGUGUGGGAACAGACCAGGGCCUUGGCUCUUGGAGGUCAGACAGAAAUUUCCAAGGCUGUCUAGAAAACUUGGUGUACAAUGGCCAAAACCUGGUAAACCUCGCUAAACAGAAAGACAAGCAGGUUACUGUGAAGGGCAACGUGACCUUUUCAUGUGCUGAACCUGUAUUUGUUGCCAUGACGUUCACUAGUCCGCAGAGUUUCUUGAGCUUGCCAGGAGUUGCAGAUCCAUCAUCAAUGAGCAUGUCAGUGGGACUUCAGUUUCGGACAUGGAACAGGGAGGGGCUACUUCUGACCUUUGAUUUCCCAGAGAAAAAAGGGGGGGUCCGGCUAUACCUCAGCAAAACCAGAUUACAUCUGCAAAUCAACAAGCCUGGCAGGGCGCCACUAGAGCUUCAAGCAGGUUCAGCUCUGAAUGAUGGCCAGUGGCACUCUGUGGACCUGAUCUCAGGACAAGGACGCUUGACCAUCACAGUGGAUAGAGAUGAAGGAGCUACUGCUCAAGCCAGUCCUCCAUUCCUUAUCACGCUGGGAGGUCAACUUUUCUUUGGUGGAUGCCCUUCUGAAGGAAGCAGCCAGGAGUGUACUAAUCCCUUCAGAGCUUUCCAAGGCUGCAUGCGUCUGCUAACUAUUAACAACCAGCCUGUCAACUUAAUCAAGUUGCAACAAAGGCUGACAGGAAAUUACAGUCACCUGCAGAUCGAUAUGUGUGGCAUCAUUGACAGGUGUUCCCCCAGUCACUGUGAACAUGGAGGCAGCUGCAGUCAGUCGUGGAGCACCUUCCACUGUAACUGCUCCAGCACUGGCUACACUGGAGCCACCUGCCACAGCUCAAUAUAUGAACAGUCCUGCGAGGCAUACAAACACAAAGGCAACACGUCGGGGUAUUAUUAUAUUGAUGUGGAUGGUAGUGGACCCAUCAAGCCACAGCUGAUAUUCUGCAACAUGACAGAGGACAAGACGUGGGUGGUGAUCCAACACAACAACACAGAGCUGACUAAAGUAGGUCCAACGCCAGGAAAAAGUCAGCAUGCAGCUCACUUUGAAUAUGCAUUUGAUGAGGAGCAGCUAGAAGCAAUUAUCAGCCAGUCGGAGCACUGCGAACAGGAACUGGUUUACCACUGCAGGAAAUCACGCCUCUUCAACACAGCAGAGGGUGCUCAACUCAGCUGGUGGGUGGGAGGUCCUGGUUCAGGACAAGUGCAGACUUAUUGGGGUGGGGCUCCACCAGGCAGCCAACAGUGUGCCUGCAGUCAGCAACAGAACUGUGUGGACCCCAAACACCACUGCAACUGUGAUGCCGACCUCAUAGGAUGGACUAAUGACUCUGGCCUGUUGACCCAUAAGGAGUCGCUUCCUGUCAGAUCUCUUGUGCUGGGCGAUGUCCAGAAGCCUGGGUCAGAAAGCGCCUACAAGGUGGGACCUCUCCGUUGCCAUGGAGACAAAAAUAUCUGGAAUGCUGCAUUUUUCAAUAAGGACACAUUAUACCUCCACUUUCCUACAUUCAACGGCGAGCUGAAUGCAGACAUCUCCUUUCUGUUUAAAACCACCUCAUCUUCUGGUGUCUUCGUUGAAAACUUGGGCAUCAGAGACUUCAUUCGGAUUGAACUGAACACCUCCACAGAGGUCCUCUUCUCCUUUGAUGUGGGUAACGGCCCGUUGGUGGUCAGUGUGAAAUCUGACUUCCCGCUGAAUGACAACAGGUGGCAUCGCAUUCAAGCUGAGCGUAACGUGAAAGAGGCAUCGCUUCGCCUUGACCAGCUGCCUGCUGCCACACAGCAGGCUCCUGCUGACGGGCACAUCCACCUACAGCUCAACAGCCAGUUAUUUAUAGGAGGCACUGCUUCCAGACAGAAGGGAUUUCGGGGCUGUAUCCGCUCCCUUCAGUUGAAUGGCAUCACCCUAGACCUGGAGGAGAGAGCAAAGAUCACCCCUGGCGUUCAGGCAGGAUGUCCAGGUUACUGCAGCACCUAUAGCUCGCUGUGCCAGAACCAUGGUCGCUGCGUGGAGAGAACCAAAAGCUUCUCCUGCGACUGCAGCUCAUCUCCUUACACCGGAGCCUUCUGUGACAAAGAGGUCUCAAUCAGCUUAAAACCGGGAACAUCCAUCAGUUACACCUUCACGGAGCAGAUGGUGAAUGAGCUGAACAGGAGCGGUAGCACCUUUCCCUCCUCCAUCUUCUCCGACAUGACACUAAGAGCAGAAAAUAUCUCCCUCAGCUUCAGGACCAGCCAGAGUCCUGCUCUGCUCCUGUACGUCAGCUCCUACCACAGCGAGUAUCUGGCUCUGCUGCUCAAUAAACAAGAGAAGUUGGAGGUGAGGUACAAACUGGAGAGUAACAAAGAUGCAGAGAUCCUGACGAGUAAAGUGAAGAACCUCGCCAACAAACAGCUGCAUUCUGUGGUCGUCAGCAGACUGGCAGAGUCUGUUUCUGUGCAGAUUGACAGGAAUGAAAAAGAGGACUUCAACCUGACAUCUGAUGUUGAAUUCAAUGGAAUAAAGUCGCUAAUUCUUGGCAGAUUGCACAACUCCGGUGAGUUGGAUCCAGAACUGGCUCGGCUUGGUUCUCUGGGUUUCACAGGCUGUCUGUCCACCGUCCUUUUUAACUCCAUCAGCCCUCUGAAAGAAGCUCUGCUUUACCCCAACACCAGCCCUGCCAUCGUCACAGGCCCACUGAUCCAGUCUGCUUGUGGCACCACUUCACCCAAUUCCUAUGCAGCAGAAACCACACACCAACAAUCAGGCCAGUCAGGGUCAGUGGGAGCAGGCCAACCUCUAGUGAAUGCCAUCAGGAGUGACUCAGCUCUCAUUGGAGGUGUGAUAGCUGUGGUGAUCUUUGUGAGUGUGUCUGCGUUAGCCAUACUGGCUCGAUUCCUCUACAGAAGGAAGGGGACAUGUCGGAGCCAGGACGUAAAAACAGUAAAACCAGAAGACGCUCCCGGCCUGCCAUUCAGCAACCAAUCCAGCUCACAGAACGGUCCUACUGAGAACCAGAAGGAAUAUUUCAAUUAAAUACUGAAGAUUCCUGUCGCUGUGUUGUUGGAGCUGAGGGGGAAAGGGACAGAGAUGCCUUGCCAAUCCUCAGUGCUUUACGCAACUUAUGGAGCCAGAACAGUGGCUCAACACAGCAAGACAAAUAAAAAACCACAAACUUCCGUCUUUUGUUUGGUUUUAGCUUCUGUGGCUGUAUUUUUAUACGGACUGAUCGACAACGUUCAAAAACAAAGUGUUCAAUUUAUAUUGUGUCAGUACAGUUAGUCAAACGUUUGUUGGUACACAAUGAUGUGAUUCUUUAAAAGAAGACUUUAUACUGAGCCAUCCUUUCUGUGUUUAUUGAAAUGAUUAAAGAUUUUUUUUUCUUUUUUUUCAUGGAGUUGCUUGUAUGAAACAUUUGGUUGGAUCUGGAACAACCUGAAGAUUAUAUUGAAUGUUUGCUGUUUUGAGCCAGAAAGCCUUGUUACACUCAUUUCCAGUUGAUCUUCAUGGUUUCUGAUAGGUUCAUGUAUUUAUUAAUUUAUUUAUUACUCUGUUUACAAUUAAUCUUAAUAAAUUUUCC